AUGUACAUGUAUCUGGAGAGAAGGGUAUUUUAUGUUAAGGUUAGGAAAAAUACCCUAAAAAAGAUUAUGGGAAACGGUAUUGGAGUUGAUGCUAGUGGAACAUUAAUUCGUCUGGCUUGGGUGUGUUGUAAUGAAAAAGAAGAAUUUGAAUGCGACGCAGAGAAUAAAAUUUUUAGUAAUAACUCCUCAUGUUAUGAACCAGGUGAUUUAACAGUGUAUUCUUCUUCUUGUUUAAUUAAACCCAAAAUAGUCUCUACUACAUACGAAAAGCCAUUUGUAUGUACAUGUAAUUAUAAACCAUCCAUACCUUUUUCUGAGAAGUGUCCUUAUCAAAAUAAAGAGCAUCACACUGCAUGGGAACAAGAACAACUAAUUCAUCAAUUCUUGAAAUCCUGUCCUUUAUGGAGCAUUCCGAAAUCGUUUUGUUAUUUAACACCAAAUUCUUCUUUAGGAAAAGUUAUUUGUUGUGUGAUUUGUUGGGGGGACCUUCAAACUGCUUUACACUCUGCGAAACCUUUUGUAUCGAAACAUUGUCGAGAACUUAAUCUUACAGGUUCUCGUGCAAAAGACUUCGAAAAUAUGCUGUUUUCAAUCCUUCCGCAAGGAUCCUUUUGUAUCCACUAUCAGCGAGAAAUUAAUUGUGUACUGAAAGCUAUUGAAUUUUUAGCUUGCCAUGUUCCUGGUUCUUUAUUUCGCUAUGCCAAAACGUAUAAACCGUUAAACUCAAUUCUUUCUGAGCUAAACCAAUAUGGUGCUGUAGGGCACUGCCUACGUGGGGUGGGGGGAUUUAUUUUUUUAUUUAGACCUUUAAAGAAAGCAGAUUUCGAUAACUUUUAUCCGUAUCUUUUAGUUAAUCUCAAAGCUGGUGUCAGUUUCCAUUUGGUGACUGGACAUAAUAAUAGCAUCCGUGUUGGUGGCUCAACGAUCGGUGGAGCUACUUUAAUGGGCUUACUUCGGCUUCUUUGUAAAAAUAUACAUUCACCUUUAGAUGCUUUUUUGAUGGCACAAUCUGGGGACAAUUCCUCUAUAGAUUUGCUUAUUUCAGAUAUAUAUGGAGGAGAUUAUACAGCUGCUGGUUUAAAGGGAACUACAAUAGCGUCGACAUGUGGAAAACUACAAAAUCUUAAUAAAUUCAAUAAGAAAAUACUUCCAUUUAAAAACGGAACCAUUCGCUGGACCCAAGCUCCCCAUAACCAUGUGCCUAGUUUAAACCAAUCCGUACCGAGCUCUUUACAGUGCAAACCAAUCAAUACUGACUGUACUGAUUUGUCUUAUUGUUCGGAUCCGUUAUGCUGCUGUUGUGGUAUACGGCGGUGGGAAAGGAAUGCGACUUUGGAAACUGCAGCUGCUGCAGCCGGCAUACUACUCAAUCAAAUGACGGUUGACAUGUGUUCUCCGACAUCUUCCCAUUCGCCAACAGCGACUCCCUUAUCCAGCUGCCCUACCGUAAAUGAAAAAGACAAAAAACAAGACGACUCUUCAAGCAUAAUAAGUACAGUGAAGCAUCAACGUCUAGAUUACGAUAUUUUCGAAGCGGACAUAGCUCGCUCCAUUUGCACAAUGACAACCUAUAACGUAGCUCAAUUAGCGUAUUUCAAUUCGGUUGUAUACGGAUGUAGUAGAAUUUUACUUGUUGGCUACUAUUUAGACAUGCCUGGAUAUCUUUCAUCUGUACAACAUUGCGUCGAUUUCUGGUCGUCCGGGGCAUGCCAAAUCAAUUUUUCUCGACUUGCACCUAGCUUAGGAGCCAUCGGAGCAUCACUCUGUCAACAAACGAAUAAACCAGGAUAGAGUAUACACGUAUAUUUGUUUUAAACUAAGUAUUGUGUUCACCCAUAUUCCAAAAAUGCGAAAUAAACUUUUUUUUUCAUGAAAAAAGUAUGUUCAAAUUAAUUAUUAUUUUUAAAAUGAAAAUUGUUUGUUAAUAAAGAAAACUGGAC